UGUCAAACAUGCAGGAUGGUGAUCCUCCAGCCUUUCAGUCAGCAGGAUAAAACCCCUGUGAGAACUCCUGGUCCUGUCCUGGUUCUGGUCCUGGUCCUGGUCCUGGUCCUGCGUCUCCUCAGCAUGUUUCCUCUGCAGCUCCUCGCUCUGAUCUUCAUCUCCUCUGCAGCAGAUGAGGAAGAGGAGGAGGAGGAGAAGUAUGACCUGGUGUUCAGGAGGGGGGACCUGCUGGAGGUCCCUCGGACCCUCUUCACACACUUUGGGAUCUACCUGGGGGGCGGCAGAGUGGCUCACUUCAUCCCAGACAUCCUGCCGGUGGUCUCCAGUGACCCGGUUCUGAUCCAGCAGAUGGUGACCAACACCAGGCUCAUCCUGGGAGUCCUGGCCAAGUGUGGCAGCGUGAGGGUGGACUCUGUGGACGACUUCGCCUACGGAGCCGAGAUCGUGGUCAACCCCAUGGACAAGAUGUGCGGCGGAGCGGCGCUGCAGGGGGAGGAGGUGGCCCGGCGGGCCGAGCGGCUCCGGGGGGACGUGGCCUACAGCCUGCUGUGGUACAACUGUGAGCACUUCGUCAUGUACUGCCGAUACGGGACCGUCAUGAGCUUCCAGACCUUUCAG